AUGAGUUACGAAGGCACUACGUCCCGUUCCCGAUCUGAUCGGCGUCCUCUACGCGACGCGAGCAACAGACUCAACCUCCUGAGAGGAUCAAGGGAGCAAUCAUACGCCCCAGAUAGUUCUCCACUAAUAUACAAACGCCAAAUGUCCAUCCGGUCCUCAGAGAUUCCAGCAACCGAUGGCACUUUAACGUCGGCAGCAGCAGCAGCAGAACCAACAACCCCUUCUCCCUCUAUUGUUGCUGCUGAAAACAAACGCAUAUCCUUGGUGGUGGAUUCGCAACCAAACUCGAACCGCAACUCCGCAAUAUCAACCACCUCCACAGCGUCCGGGAGAUCUAAGAGGAAAACACACAUUGGGCCAUGGCAGCUGGGUAGGACCCUGGGAAAGGGCGCUACGGGUCGUGUUCGUCUGGCGAAGCACGCGCUCACGGGCCAGACGGCGGCAAUUAAGAUUGUAUCGAAAAAGUCAGCUGCAAUGGCACAGAGCCAGAGUAUUGCUGCUAUGGAUAAAAAUAUUGAGCUAACGACCUGCGUCCCUGGCGGGAGGGUGAUACCAUGCGGCAUUGAACGAGAAGUAGUGAUAAUGAAAUUGAUUGAGCACCCUAAUAUCAUCAACUUGUAUGAUGUGUGGGAGAACCGUGGAGAACUGUAUCUUGUUCUCGAAUAUGUCGAAGGAGGAGAAUUAUUUGACUAUGUCUCCGAAAGGGGCCCUCUCCCUGAAAUUGAAGCUGUCCGCCUCUUCAGACAAAUUAUCGCAGCCCUUUCAUAUUGCCACCGGUUUAAUAUCUGCCAUCGUGACCUCAAGCCUGAAAACAUCCUUCUUGACACGAAAUGCAAUAUCAAGCUAGCAGACUUUGGGAUGGCUGCCCUCCAGCCUGCAGGCCAUUGGUUAAAUACCUCCUGUGGAAGUCCACAUUAUGCUUCGCCGGAAAUUAUAUAUGGUCACAGAUAUCUAGGGGACAAGGCGGACAUCUGGAGCUGUGGGAUUAUUCUAUUCGCCAUGCUGACGGGCUAUCUGCCCUUUGACGGUGGUGACUUGCCUAACACUCUCCGUCUGGUCAAAAAGGGGGACUAUAUUUUCCCACCCUGGCUUAGCUCAGAAGCAAUGAAUUUAAUACAGCGUAUAUUGCAAAAGCAGCCGGGAGAUAGGAUAACAAUUAAUGAGAUGUGGUCCCACCCGCUCCUGAAGAAAUAUGAGCGACAUCAUUUUUCGAUGUCCUCGGAAGGCGUUUCCUUGGGUCCCCCUCCCCCUUUAUCGGAUAAGGACUGCGGGAAGAAAAUCAUACGCCUCCAAGACAUCGACAUGGAGCUCCUGAGAAGCCUUCAAACUCUUUGGCAUGGGUCUAAGGCUGAGGAACUCAUCCAGAGGUUGUUAAGUGAUGAAGUCAACCACGAAAAAAUGUUUUAUCAUGCCCUGGAGAAAUUCAGGGAUGAGCAGCUCGAAAACUAUGAAGGGCCGGUUGGAUAUUCUGCCAGCGACUAUCAACAUAUUUCCAAGUCUAUUCUCAGAUCCCAACUGCGGGUUCCAAGCAGCCGCCACCCAAGCCAGUCGUGGCGACGGUCUCAAUUGUCCAUUGCAACCGGUCGAUCUGCCAACAGAGAGAACCCUGAGCAAAAAUCUGCUCGAACAAUCGCCAGCUAUGAUCCCUAUAGAUCGUCCAGAACCCCCAUCUCCAAUCCUCAAGUGGAGUUUGCGAAUGUGACCAUCCACCGUCAAUCUCCUGGUUCUCCAAAUAGCAAAGGGGAUGAUAGAUCCUCUGAGGCAUCAAAUUCUCCCAGCAAUUUCACAUUGGAAAGGCAUAUCCCUAAGGACCAACGGUCGUUUAUUCAGAGCUCCUCUAUGGGCCACAAUCGGUGGAAUGGGAGGGGUUCAAUUUCCUCGUUUCAAUCUCGAAGCUCUAUUGCAAGUUCGCGCCGACGUGCUGAUGGUUUCGCAGCUCCUCGUUCAAACAGCUAUAGGCGAAACGUUUGUUUUAAGCACAGCCGUAACCACCGUUCCACUGGGAGACGUACUCCAAGACAGAGCGGCGUUGCACAAACACAUUCUCAGUAUGCACUAUCCCCUGGAAUCGGGGAGAAAAGUGGCAAGAUUGCUUGUGAUCGAUUCAGCAGCCCAACGCUCCCCACGCCUCCACCUCCUAUUCGCAUGCGCAAAAAUCCCAACAGGGAAACUGACAUUGAGACUGCAGACCACCGUGUUUCUUGUCAAUAUUGGCGAGAUGAAGCGAGAAAAAUAUCCAUUGAACUCGGGAAAAUCUGUGAGGAAGCAUUCAACCGGACUUCAGUAUCCUCCAGCGACCACUCUGUUGACACUGCAAAACCUCCUGAAUCUCCUCCAACUUCGGUUUCAACACCAGCAGAUACAGGGGAACCUGAGGAUAAGUACAAAACGCGUCUGUUGCCAGUGCCACCAGCGGAAUCGUCCAACUCGUAUACACUUAGAGAGCUAGCAGACACUCGACGCCGUCUUAUUGAGCACUCCAUCCAGGCAACGUCAGAAGAUCUUCCACAGUAUCUUUCCGAGGUUAUUGCUCAUCUGGAUCGUUUGAUUGGAAACGAAGUUGCUCCUCGUACCGACCAGAGUGCUGCUGCACAUGCUCCCGAACCGCUGCUCCAAGUCCAAGAGCCAUUUCUUCCAUCCAUCGCUGAGGAUGAUAUAUUCCAGGACUCCACAUCGAUUGUUGAGGAAAUUCAAAACGAGCAGAAGCCUCUGCAACCCAAGCGAUCAACGAACUGGAACUGGGAACCUGAGCGAACCAUUCGCAUCGUACCACAGGAACCUGUUGUUCCUGAAAUGAGUACGAUAAAGCCAUUGACAAUCCGCAAAAAAUUGGGCCCUGUAUCAACGCACAAAAUGAACUACUCUAUAAACUCAAUCGGACGUCACCGGUCUGUUUCAAGUUCUGCUGACGAAGACCUCACUGUUAGCGCUCCGCUCAGCAGACACAAUAGCAAUGUACGCUAUUAUAGUGGGCUAGAACCUAUAGAAGAGCACCCGACAACCCCGAAUCGUAAUAAUGACACACGCAACUCGGGGGAGUCAAGGAAGUGGUCAUGGUUCAAGUACAAGUCACAGAGCCAUGAGCAAAUUCCACCACCACUCCCGUCCAAGGAUACUCCACCGCGCCCAGUGCCAGCUGAUAGCAGUACACACCAUGAGCUUGGUAAGAGGAAGAGUGCACCUGGAUUACUAGGCAUGAAAGAACCACGAAAGGUUUUCGAAGGGAGCAAAUUGGAGAAAAAAGAAGUAAAGGGCCUGUCCUGGCUCUUUGGGAGGAAGAAGCCACAGAAACAGAAACCGUUGCAUGAAAUUGGCAAAGGAAUCAACGAUUUCAAUGAUGCAACCUCGAGUGUUCUUAGCGUCCCUGCCACAAUAGCUCUGAGUGAAGUGCCUGGAUCUCCUCUCCUCACCGGGAAUCAUAACGCCAAUCAACGCAAUGAUGUUUCUAAACGAGAAACACGGAGUUCACGGGGCCAGAACUGGUUCGCACGGUUUUUCCACAUCAAGCCUGCCACAAAAACCCUUGCGUUCCAGGUAUCCAAACUCCGGGCGAGAAAGGCAGUGGUAAAGAUUUUGCACGAGUGGAAGAAAUACGGCAUGGAAUAUGUAUAUUUCGACAAGGAGAGUAAUAUUGUCCGUGGGAGGGUUGCGGACAUUAAUUUUCUCCGUCUAAGACCCGUCGAAUUCUCCGGAGAAUUUUUCACCGUCCUCGAGCAAGGUAAACAUGCGAAUCUUAGCUUGCUCCAUCUGAAACAGGAACGUGGAGCCGCAUCAUCGUUCCAUAAAGUUGUCGAUACGUUGCAGAUAGUGCUGAAGAAGCGCGGUCUCUUGAUCGAGGAUGCAUCCAAGGCUAAGAAGAUUGCGAAGGUGCUGGAUGUCGUUUCAUAG